CACAAUAACAUACCACCCCAGCAUCCGCAACCAUGGUCGACGCGCAGAGCUCGCUCCUCGCGGAGCUCGCGUCGCGGUUCCCGCUGACGGUGCCCAUACCGACUCCCUUGACCAACCCCGAGCUCAUCCGCACCUCGGACCUGGCUGUGGAGGAGGAUCUCCUGCACAACCCGGACAACAUGAGGCUGUGGCUCAACCACAUCGCGUCUAUCAAGGACCGGAUUGGCAAGGCUAUGCCCCCGAAGAACCAUGAUCCGUCGCCUGAAGAGAAGAUGCUUGGCAUCCUCGCGUAUCCCGUUGCGCGUGAUGGGCUGCGCGAGCUCGUCAUGGUGUACGAGCGUGCCCUCGCAGUCUUCCCCACGAACUACAAGCUGUGGAAAUCAUACUUCCUCACUCGCCAGGAGUACGUGAUGGGCUCACUCACUGCGGAAGCUGUCAAGGCCCGCGCGCACCAAGCGAAGCGCGGCGCCGCGUACAAGACGAACGUGAAGGAGUUGCUGGAUGACGCCGAGGACACAAACUCGUGGGAGGGCGGCCUUGACGGUAUCGUCGGCUUCGAGGAGUGGCGCGCCCUCUUUGCGACAGGCGAGCGUAUGCUCCAAUGGCUUAGCCACCUCCCGGUCCCUUGGCUGCUCCACUUGUCGAUGGUUCUGCACCCCAAGUGCCCGCCCAUGUUCCAGCGGACUUACGCGCGCCGCACGUUUGACCGCGCCCUUCGUACUCUCCCGCCCAGUUUGCAUGGGCGUAUCUGGGGCUUGUACCUCCGCUGGGCAGAGAUCGUAGGCGGCGAGGCAGGCGAGCGUGUGUGGCGCCGCUUCUUGAAGAUCGACUCCUCCCUCACAGAGCGCCAUAUCACGUAUCUGCUCGAGUCGGAGCCACCUAGGCCCUUGGCUGCGGCCAAGUACCUGCUCCUACUGGCGCGCCGCGCUGCGCAGAACCUCUACUCGUCACUCGAGGGAAAAUCACCUUACCAACUGUUUGUCGACUUCCUCGAGCUUGUCGAGAAGUACGCCGAUGAGGUGGGCAUGGACGAGGACCAAACGCUCGAGGUGCAAGAAACGAGGAGAGCAGUGGAAGAUGCGGUGGACGGGGAGGGGGAGGAGGACGCACCCGCCCAAUCAAAGUUUGGGGAUCGCCUGGACCGGAUUGCUGGGCCCGCAGCACCGACUUCGUCGAAAGCUAUGCUGCACAAGCCACCACCAAACAUCGGCGGUGAGAGCAAAAAGACCGACACCACGGUUCUCGAAGACGAGGACACUGAUCCGUCCAACCCAAGGUUACUGGACGUGGAGGGCAUCGUGCUCCGCGACGGUCUGAACGUGUACAAUGACCAGGCGGGGCGACUGUGGACCGGUUUGGCGACGUAUUGGAUCAAGCGCGGCGAGCUGGACCGCGCAACGGCGACGUUUGAGCGAGGCCUGGCCGAGGUAGUCACAAUCCGAGACUUCACGCAGAUCUUCGACGCCUACUCUGAGUUUUCGGAGACUAUCGUGUCGUCGCUCAUGGACGCGCUGGCCGACGAGGAGAACCUCGAGGACGAGGACUUCGAUGUCGAGGAGACCGAGGCUGAACUCGACGCGCGCAUGAAGGCAUUUGAGGAGCUCAUGGACCGCCGUCCAUUCCUCGUCAAUGACGUGCUGCUGCGCCGUAACCCUAACGACGUUGUCGAGUGGGAGAAGCGCGUCGCGUUGCAUGCUGGCGACGACGAGGCCAUCGUGUCUACAUACCUCAAGGCCAUUGACACGAUUAACCCUCGCAAAACCACCAGCCCGCUGUAUCCCCUUUACGUUAACUUUGCCAAGUUCUACGAGGAGGGCGGAUCUGUGGAUCCCAGCACUGGCGAGCCAGGCAGCGAGCCAAACCUUGACGAGGCGCGCAAGAUCUUCGAGAAGGCAACGCGCGUGUCGUUCAAGAGCGUGGACGAGUUGGCUGAGGUUUGGUGCGAAUGGGCUGAGAUGGAAUUGCGGAAUGAGAACUACGAAGAGGCCAUCCGGCUGAUGCAGCGCGCGACUACGGUGCCGAAGAACACCAAGGUCGAUUACUAUAACGACAACCUCCUGCCGCAAACGCGCUUAUUCAAGUCUCUCAAGCUAUGGUCCUUCUACUCGGAUCUCGAGGAGUCGAUUGGGUCAGUCGAGUCGACCAAGGCGGUGUACGACAAGAUCAUGGAGCUCAAGAUUGCGAAUGCGCAGACCAUUGUCAACUACGCGACUUUCCUCGAGGAGAACAAGUACUUCGAGGAGAGUUUCAAGGUUUACGAGCGUGGCAUCGAGGUGUUCAACUUCCCAAUCGCGUUCGAGAUCUGGAACAUCUACCUGUCCAAGUUCGUAAAGCGAUUUGGCGGCAGCAAGCUCGAGCGUACACGCGAUCUGUUCGAGCAGGCACUCGAGAACUGUCCGCCCAAGUUCUGCAAGCCGUUGUACCUCAUGUACGCCAAGCUCGAGGAGGAGCACGGCCUCGCCAAGCGCGCCAUGGGCAUCUACGACCGCGCCGCCUCGACAGUCCAGGACUCGGACAAGUUCCAGAUGUACACGAUCUACAUCGCCAAGGCGACGGCCAACUUCGGCUUGCCAGCCACACGGCCGAUCUACGAGCGCGCGAUCGGCGCGCUGCCCGACCGCGAGACGGCUAUCAUGUGCCGCCGCUUCGCGCAGAUGGAGCGCAAGCUGGGCGAGAUCGAUCGUGCACGCGCAAUCUACGCUCACGCGUCCCAGUUCUGCGACCCGCGCGUCGACAAAGCGUUCUGGACCGAGUGGAGCGAGUUCGAGAUCGACACGGGCUCAGAGGAGACGUUCCGCGAGAUGCUCCGCAUCAAGCGCGCCGUCCAGGCCAGCUACAACACGAACGAGAGCUUCCUCGCGGCGCAGAAGGCCGCAGCCGUCAGCGGUACCGAGAAGCCUACGGAUGCGGCCGACGAGGCUGCGCGCGAGGCCGCAGACCCUAUGGCGGCCGUGGAGCGCGAGAUGGGUGGCGGUGGCGCGCCUGCGUUCGUCGCGUCGACGCUCAAGCCCCAGACACAGCACGAGGAGAUGCCUGCCGCAGAGAGCGCGGCUAACCCGGAUGCGAUUGACAUCGCGGACGACGACUUCUAGACCAUUAGAAGCAUGUAUCAGCUAGCAUGGGACAAGACAACCUUUACAUUUACUUCUGACAACUGUCCUUCU